ACUGUGAAGUGGUCUUGAUGCGCUCAGUUCAGUCUAGUCUACGGUGUCAUGGCUUGGUGUGAUCGUGGAGUUCAGAUUGUUUUGAUGAGCCUGGGCGCAUUUGCAGCGAUCAGCCUGAUGACUGUCGCGAUCGGAACCGACUACUGGCUCUACUCUAGAGCACACAUCUGUAACACAACCAGCAACGCAACAGAUGAAACCCAAACCUUGCAGCAGCCAAAGAAAACACGAGGAGAUCUCACGCAUUCUGGACUCUGGAGGGUCUGCUGUGUCGAAGGGAUCAACAAUGGGAGCUGCUAUUGGAUCAAUCAUUUUUCUGUGGAUGAUGACUAUGACGCAGACAACUCAGAGUAUCUCCUCCGAUUAGUGCGGGCAUCCAGUCUUUUCCCCAUCCUGAGUACCAUCCUGCUUCUCUUGGGGGGACUUUGUGUUGGACUGGGCCAGAUUUACAGUAGCAGAAAUAACAUUCUCCUGAGUGCAGGAAUUCUAUUUGUAUCUGCAGGUCUUAGCAAUAUCAUCGGCAUCAUUGUUUACAUCUCCAGUAAUGCCGGAGACCCUAGUGAUAAGAAAGGAGAAGAUAAGAAAAGCCUAUACAGCUAUGGAUGGUCCUUCUACUCAGGUGUUCUCUCCUUCAUCAUGGCGGAGGCCAUCGGUGUGUUGGCAGUCAACAUCUACAUUGAAAAAAACAAAGAGGUUCAUUUCAAACACUUUGAGUUUAUUAAAACUGCCCCUUCCCCUUCAUCCUCCCCCUAUGCAAGCAUUCCAAGUUACCAUUACAGACAGCAACGAUCCCAGUCCUAUUCUCAGUCCAGAGAGCCAUCUAAAAACACUUCCCACGCCACACUUAGCAUCACCAGCUCCACGCUGCCUUUGGGGGACAUUUCAAUGUAUAUGGUAGGGAGAGAACAUCCACUAAAGGCAGGUGCUCUGGCCUCCUAUAACACUGAUCUUGAACAUCCCAACUUCCUACAAGUCCACAACCGCGUCUCUAAAGAUAUGAAGGACAGUCUAAAUCGCAGGAUCACUCCUGUGUAAAAAUGUUGUUACAUGAUGCAUUUAUAAUUAGUUACAGUUUUGCUUAAUCACUUUGGUUUAAUUCUGAAAUGAGAAUUGAUUUUUUUUCUCAAAACAACAGAUCUCUGAACAAUUAGUUUCUUCACACCAGAUUUGCAUUUUAAUUCAAGCUAAUUGCAUGUGUUUUGGCCCGUGCAGAAGAGUAAGGACUAAAUGUGCAUGGUUUUGCUCAUCAAAACUUGCUAAUCAAAGUUGAUUCUCAGAGAAACGGUCAUAUUCUUCACAACUAAACAUUCUUUUACGCAUUACAUGCAAAAUGAUUAAUUCAGUUAGCAAAA